AUGCUUCAAGUUCAACAACAAUACCAACAACAACAACAACUACAAGAAAUAUAUAAUUUCCAAAACCUAUCAAUCAACACCACCGGUCAUAUGACUGCUGCUGCUACUGCUACUACAAUGUUAUCCAACAGUAAUAGUCAAAUCAUGAUGAUUGGUAGUCAUCAACUCGAUAGUAGUUCAGGUUCCAUUGCUUCCACCGAUGAUUCAUCAUUUGAUAUGGAUGAAGAACUUGUCAUCACUACAUUAUAUGUUCACAAUCUUGAUAGAGCUAUUCCACAACAAGAAGUUUUAAAAAUUUUCGAACAAUAUGGUGAACUUGAACCAAAUGAAUGUAUUUUCUUUUAUCCACAAAGAAUAAGUAGUUCCUAUGCCUUUGUAAGAUACAAGAAUAGAAAUGAUGCCGAACAAGCUUUGGAUGCCAUGAAUGGUGCUAAAAUUGGAUCACUCCCAAUUUCUAUUAAAUGGUCUGAUUCAUGUGAUCAGAGAACAAGUAUUCAUUUAACUUUUAAUCCAAAGUUGGCAAAACCAGGAUUCCAUAAACAAGUAUUUCACAAGUGUAGAGAAUUUGGUAAAGUUAAUCAUUACAAUAUUCCAAGAAAGAAAGGAGUAGUUUCACAAUCCAACAUUUAUGAAGGUUUUGGAUUCGUUCAUUUCAAAGAUUCACUCAAUGGAAGAUGUGCAGCUCAAGACGCCAUCAAUUAUUUCAAUAUGAAUGAUAUUGGUGGUGUUAAAAUCAACUGCUGUUUCUCUAAAAAGAAACUUAAUGUUCCAUCCAUGCCCGCUGCAACCAAUGCCAUCAUCAACGAUUUAAAUAAUAAUUUCUUUUCUUCUCAACAAUUAUCAUCUUCAUCUCCAUCGAUCAUUACCUCCUCCUCUUCUAAUCAUAUUAAUAUUAAUAAUAAUAAUAAUAGUAUUAUGCAAGGUGGCCAACAACAACAACAACAUAUUCACAGCCACCCACUUUCAUCGUCGACACCUGGAAUCAUACUAAAUUCGCCAAUUGCUCCGAUUCCCCAAAACCCAUUCUCGGCGCAUUCACUGUUGCCCGCUGCAGACACCAACACCGCUGUCUUUAAUCCAUUUAGUAACAUGGUUGGUGCAUCGUACGGUAACAACCCUAACAAUACCGCUAUUCCUAUCCGAACCAGUCCCCAGUCAUCGACACACACCACACCCAACAUUUCACCAAACGUGUCUCCAACCUUCCGCCAAGACAAGUUCACCGGCCCACAAGACAUUUACAACAAUGAAUAUUUCCAACCAUGUGAAAUAUCCGAACCAUUGGGAUCAUCACACUCUCCAUCGUCGUCGUCAUCAUCAUCAUCUGACAUUCAAAGUUUCUUGUCUCAUUACACUACUCCAUUUAUCAUGCCUGGCAACAACAUGUAUUCCCCACCUUCUCCAUCAAUGCAUCAUCAACAACAACAACAACAACAACAACACCGCAAGUCACCUGUCAAUAACAGUCCACCUCUUCCAACAAGAGUCAACCAUGUAGUGACAAGCCCACUCUCUUUUUACUUUGGUGAUUCUUCACGAGACAAAAUCUUUUCCGAAAAUGAUGAAGUUAUCAAUUUUACAGGAUGUGCACCACUCAACAACAUGCACGAUAUCCGUCUUUCAAACUCACUCAACUCUGUUCCUCGUAUGACCAAGUCACCAGUCAUGUCCAACAACAACAAUAACCCCAACAAUAUGGGUCAACAACAACAAUAUGCACCAAUGACAGCCAACCCCAUCUCUAAACCACUUUCAUCAUCAUCUGGCGGUGGUCUUCCACCAUCACCAUACAUGUCUCUCCACCCUUCCCACAAUCUCACCAUACCCUUCAAAGCCACCUUUUAA